UUACCGGAAUCGCCGUCUCUGCCGCUCAUCGUAUACUGCCACCCCCAUCCGAACUGGCCGGUCACCGACAACACUCGAACGGCGUCGUCGCGCGCAUGUGUAAUCCGAUACCGACAGUAUACCGCACUACAUUGGGCCGCCAAGCACGGUAGCGAAGACGUCGUUAAAUUGGUAGCCGGGACUUUAAAGGCAGAUGUCAACGCAAGAACGAAUGGGGGCUACACUGCACUUCACAUCGCCAUGCAAUUUGGCCGCAACGACAUCUUCGAACUUCUCUGUAAUGUAUAUAAGGCUGACCGGGACUUGCUAGACUGGAGCGGCAAAAAAGCGUUGGAGUAUCAAAAACAGAUGACAAGUGUGUCGGCAUCCACCUACAGCAGUGAGUAUGAUCCCAUGUUUGUAGUGAACGAACGGUUCCAUUCUCUUCCGUCGAAAAAACUUCUCUCGCCGCUAUCACGAGGCGGCACUUUCAUGCGCAAGAAAAGUCGCCGCCAGCGUCCUUCCACUGCGACAGGGGUCGAACUGCAACGCACCCAUUCAAUGCUUACUGUGAUCACGCCGGAACAUCUAUCGCUUGCCACUAACACUAGGCCGGUCGCGUUGAACAUCGACGCCGGUAACAGCAGCGGCAACAACAAUCGCACUAGCCUCAUGGCUCGAGCGCCUGAUACAAUGAGCCUUAUGAGUGGCAGCGCCGGAAACUUGCGUAGAAAUGACAAAAUCAACCAGAGCUUUUUUCGACGCAAGAAGCCGCACAACAUACUGAAGUUUAAAUUAGUGCAAAAUUAUGCCUACAUGUCAAUUUUGAAUUAUAUGGAUGAUGUAAGAAAUGAAAUAAUACUAAACUUUAUUUUUCCAUGUCGCAAAACAGAAAUCAAAGCCAGGAAAAAGCAUACAGAAAAAGACUCGGGAUUCCUGCGGAUUGGCUCUCUGAACGUUCGAGUGAAGAAAACGACCGAAGCCUUCAGCAACUUUUUGGGAGUUGGGACCAACACGACGCGUCUCCCGCAGACCCUGAGAACUAGUGCACCACCAAGUUCCGCAUACUUCGAGAAACUCCACAAGAGCUGGGGAUCCGCUGACAAUAUACCGCAUGAACAUGGGGCAAUGCCACCACCGAAAUACGACUCCGUAAAAAAACGUCGACCGAAGCGAGACGCCGAGUACGAUCCCAUGAACGAUCAUUUCAGUCAGAGCGUACCGACGACACCGAGCCAGUCACGAGCACCCAUAGGCAUACUGUCAGAGAAUCCCGACACCGAAUCAGAAAAUCCUGGCGAUUCUGAUUCAGAUACAGCCUGCGGCUUCGAUUCCAACUGGAGGCCUACUUAUAUCUAAUAUAGGACACUGGUUAUGCCAGAUUUCGAACUAAAUAUACUAGAUUUCGUGAUUGCUGUUGAUGUAUAUUUAAUAUUAUGAUAUUAUUAAAUGAAUUUUAUGACCAA